GUGCAAGCUAACUGACAAGAAUCUUAAGCGAAUUGUAAACAUGGCACGGCUUUGGAUGAUCUGACAACAAAGAGAAAUAGCGCCAGCCGUCAUGAGGGGCCAUUUGAAAAUGGAUUACAGACUUGGACCAGGUCUAGGGCCAACUAAAGCCAACCCAGCUCCUGUUGUCAGACUUGAAGUCAACAAUCAGUUCGUUACUAAGAAGAUACGUAAUGUCAUAGCAACGAUCUCUGGCUCAGAAGAGCCUGACCGAUAUGUCCUGAUUGGUAACCAUAAAGAUGCGAUAACGUUUGGAGGCAGUGACCCUUCGAGUGGAACGGCAGUACUAAUGGAAAUAUCUAGAGUCUUGUGGAAACUCAAGCAAAAUGGAUGGAGACCAAGGAGGACAAUAAAGUUGUGUAGCUGGAGUGGAGAAGAGGACGGCUUAAUAGGCUCGACUGAAUGGAUUCAAGAAAACCUUGAAGUUCUGAAAAAGAGAGCUGUAGCUUAUUUAAAUACCGACACAAUCGUAAUGGGUACAGAUCUCUUAAAUGUUCAGGCUAGCCCCUUGUUAGGUGACGUUAUUCUAAAUAACGCCAGAGAACUUCAAAAUCCAGUCAAUAGUUCAAUUACAUUAUUUGACAGCAUGAUUAACAGCCUGCCGAAAUCAAAGGAUUACCCAGGCGAACCACAUAUUUACAACAUGAUUUAUUCCACUGAUCAUGUUCCUUUCUUGCAUUUGCUAGGUCUUUCUGUGGCGGAUUUCGAGUAUUUCUUUACAUACAAUAAUAAAAUUCUCAUUUAUCCAAUUUAUCAUACUCAGUAUGAUACUUUUGAAUUUGUUGAAAGGUUUGCUGAUCCAAACUUUCUUUAUUCAAGGUUAAUGGCAAAGCUUGUAGGGAGUAUACUGCUUGAUCUAUCUGAUUCUGAGGUCCUUCCAUUUAAUGUGACGAGAUUUGCCAAAUCGGUGCAAAACGCCUUCAAAACCCUGCAAGAUUCAGAACAUUCAAAACGAAUCAACGGGUUGCAGAUGGCAUAUCUUGAAAAGGCAGUCAAAUCACUUGUGAAUAUUACCAAGGCGUUUGAGUCCGCAAAAUCUAGGCUCACGCGUCAGCAGAAAAAUCCUUUGGUUUUGUGCAUGCUCAACGAUCAAAUGUCGGGGCUAGAGAAAAUAUUUGUAAGUCCGAAUGCCAUGAAAGGCUUGCUAGGCGAUCUAAACGACCGGAUACUCAAAGAGCUCAUUGAUUCCAACGAGAACAAGAAUCAUAUGUUGUUAAUCAGUGAGAAAUUCAACAAGAAUUUCAACAAGAUCGCAGGCAUGAAGAAUCUCACUCAAAAAGAGAAAGACGAAUAUUUCAAGUUUGAAAUGUCGUUAAUCAUUCAGGCCGUCAGAGAAGCAACGAAGCUGAUGAAACCACUAAAAUAGACAACAACCAAUGUACCUUUCAUCAGAUAAUUGCACCUCAUGUCAUUUUUUGUGGCAUCCAGAUGAAAAGUGACAGCUUACGUUAAGUAAUAACAAGUAAAAACGAAUUAUUUGUGUUUCGCUACAACUGGUGGAAAAAUAUGACCCAUGCACGACAUGUUUGCAAUCCGGAAAUAACAGUUUAAGAAAUAUAAUAAAAAG